UCCCUCCAUUCACUGCACAGGAAGCAAACUAUAAAAUAAAUUAAUACACAAUAGCAGGAGAAAGUGGAAAGGGGAAAAAAAUAGAGCUAUAUUUAAAACACAAUUUUUCCAUCACGUUUGGCACCAGGGGAUCGGAUGUCGAUGUGACGAUUUCAUCCCGAAAAGAGUCCCGCUGCAUCGUAUAAAGUUCUUAGGCCUAUAAAUACACGUUAUAUGUAUCAGGAGGGAGUUAUAAAAAUGUUACUCACGACUACACACACACGCACAUUCACACAGAUGGGUUUUAUAUAGUAAGAACCGGAUAGAUUAAGCGCACAUGCGUGGAGCCAAUGAGCUGCACAGGAGAGCUAAAAAUACACCACUGGCAUUGUCUUGAGUCCACUUCAUUGCAGAAAAGCAAGACAGAAAUAUGUGCCCAUCCCGCCAAAAGCCAACGGGACCACCAUCUCGGCCCUGACCAUGAACAAAGACACCCUGAUAGGAGGCGUCACAAAUCCCAACGAAGUCUUCUGCUCCGUUCCUGGACGCCUCUCCCUCCUCAGCUCCACCUCAAAAUACAAGGUGACCGUCGGCGAAGUCCAGAGGCGGCUUUCGCCCCCCGAAUGUCUCAACGCGUCUCUGCUUGGCGGAGUCCUCCGGAGGGCAAAAUCUAAAAAUGGUGGAAGGUGUUUAAGGGAAAGACUGGAGAAGAUUGGGUUAAAUUUACCUGCCGGGAGGCGUAAAGCAGCCAACGUUACCUUGCUAACAUCAUUGGUGGAAGGAGAAGCUGUUCAUCUGGCCCGGGAUUUUGGUUACGUGUGCGAAACAGAGUUCCCAGCCAAAGCUGCAGCAGAGUACCUCUGUCGCCAGCAUGUGGACCCCGGUGAGCUCCAUGCUCGGAAGAACAUGUUGCUGGCAACCAAGCAAAUCUGCAAAGAGUUUGCGGAUCUCAUGGCCCAAGACCGCUCUCCGCUCGGGAACAGUCGCCCAUCCUUCAUCUUGGAACCGGGAGUCCAGAGCUGCUUAACCCACUUCAGCCUAAUAACGCACGGUUUUGGGGGUCCGGCAAUCUGCGCGGCUCUCACAGCCUUCCAGAACUACUUAGUGGAGUCGCUCAAAGGGCUCGAUAAAAUGUUCCUGAACAGCACGGGCAACGGCCAUCCGGUCGGCGACUCCAAAACUUCAGAAAAGGACGUGAAGCAUCGGAAAUGACGCCAACGUUUCCCAGCCCGGCUCUUCAGAGGGGUUGUUUCCUUCUCGGUUCGUGAGAAUACAAAGAGAGGCCUGCUUGGUUCUUAUCAAUGUCAGGAAAACCUAAAACGAACACGCCCCUUUCGUUCCCGUCGUCGUGUUUUCCGAACUGUGACAAACGCGUUUCUGGAACCUAGCUGAGAAAAAGCGGAGAUGGAUGAGGAGAACCGGAGGAGAACCAUCAGGAGGAAUUUCAUAGAGACUGAAGUCAAUGGAGAGGAGUGGACGCUCCUUUUCUGGAUACGCUUUUCGUUUUGCAGUAGUGAAUACCCGAAGCCAGGUUACAUGUGCAAUUCUUUUCCCCUUCCCCAAUAUAUUGUUUUUCUUUAAAUGCCCAGAGUCGUAAAAUAUUGAGAUGUUCCACAAGACCAUUGAAAGCGAAUGAAGAGGUCUUGAUGGAAGCCAUGGACUUGUAUCAUCUUAUGGGGCAAGCCUGGAGAUGUGAGAUGGAGAGAAAGAGAGGUAUUCCUUUCCUUUCUAGUGGUAAGGAAAACCUUCCCAGUGACGCUCUGACUUUGUUUACACCCUUUCGACUUGGAUUUUCUCUGCGGAAGGCUGACUCGUCGAUAUAUAUAUAUAUAUAGAUAUACACCAUUCUUGGAAAUUUUCUUAUCAAAGGAACCAGAAUUUCAGCAAAUCUUCCCAUCCAACAAAGUGUGUUCCAGCUGAUCUGGGCCCAGGACGAGUGAGAUUUAUACGACCGUCUCUCCCCAUUCCUUGCCUUGGGUUUUUAUUGAAAUAUUAGUUAAAAAAAUAUUAAAAGAGUGACUAAAUAAUAAAUAAUAAUAAAUUAAUAAAUGAUUAAAGCACAAGAAGCAGACCUUUGAAGGA